UCGACAUCGUUUCGACAUCGAUCGACGAAUCAUUUCUCACUGGAUAUUUGAAGUUCUGGCACAGAAGUGAUAUAUGUUAUCUUAAGCACAUAUAAAUUUCACAAAAUAUGUCGUAACAUAUCGUAGGCUAUUUUAUAUUACUGUGACAUAGAGAAUAUUUACAUUUUAUAUAUUAGGUACGUGACGAAAACUACAAACUUCCGGUAUCCUCAUAACACUUCGGAACACGUGUUCUUGAAAAGAGGGUUAAGAGCAUGAGAAGAAAAUUCCCGAUUUACGCAUGCGACACAAGGCACGACCACGAGAUCAAAACAUUCUACCGCUGCGCGUAUUUAUACUAAUUAUCGCACGAAGCCACGUCGUAUAAUAUAACGAGACCGGUCAGAAGUCAUGGAAUCAGAGACGAGUAAUCAAGAUUAUAUCAACUACAAUGACUUUUUCAACGCUACCGUGUGCCACGUUUGCAAACGGUUCGGCGAUGACGACUCUUUAAAGAGGUGCAGUCGCUGCAAGUUAGUCUUCUAUUGCGGUAAGGAACAUCAGAAGCAACACCGAAGGAAGCAUAAAUCGGUAUGCAACGCUGUACUGGACGUGACGCAAACCAGCAACAUAAAACAGGAUGGUAUAAGUUGGGCAGAGUGGUAUACAAAGAAGUGGGACUACAUUGAACUAGUGUCGGAGAAGUUAGGACGUCCGCUUGAGCUGUACGAGAACCAAAUGUUCCUGUUUCCAAGGGAGUGCGUCGUUUGUUAUAAACCGGACAGUCAGUCGCUGAAGAAUUGUAGAGAUUGUGCCGCCAGCUAUUGUAAAGAUCACAUAGACGGUAUUGAGCAUAAGGAAAUUUGCGGUACCCUGGGGUUAUGUUUCCGUUUAAAUCUACAGCGUAUAAGUGAGAAUUGCGAAGUGUAUCACGAUUACAUUGCGUUUAUUUCCAACGCGAAUACGUUUGAGGACACGAAGGACUUUAUAAAAACUUACGUGAAUACACCGACUGACUCGGAAUGGUCCUAUGAUUUCCUGGAAGCCGCGUAUUCGCCGUUUAUCACAGGUCCCUUAACUUUGUUUUAUGCUAUGCGAUUAUUAGAUUAUGUCCCAGAACGCGAAGAUCUGGUAGUUCACGUUGUUGGCGCGAAUAGCACAGAAGAAAGUUCCUUGGUAGGGUGGGGAGUCUUGCUGAAUUUAAUAAAAGUAUCAUCACUGACGAUUGUAAUGGUAGGGCCAGAAUUGAAAAGUAAAUCCUAUGAGAUGCCCGAUUUCAUGUUGCAGAAAGAAUGUUCGUUUGAGUUUCACGCUUCGUUGUACGAGAACUAUGUACGCAGCUCGUCGUUCGUGAAACCAGAUAUCGUCGUAGGUUUUGACGCGUUUAUUCAUGAGCAUAAACUUGAAUCCACUAAGGAAACGUGGGCGCCGUCCAUACGGCUAAUAGCGGAACAAAAUUGUCCGUUCGUUUUAACGUGCAGGUAUAAUCAACAGGUUUUAGAUGAGCAGGCUGAAAGAAUUAAUACCAUCCUGAAUAGAAAGAUCAAUUGUUUGUUCAGCGGAAAGAAUCCAUUUACUUGUUUAAGACCGAAUAGAGUUGCCACAACACAGAAAGUGAUGUAUGCGAAUAACUAUGUAAUUAUCUACCAGAGUCUUUGUCCGUAACUAAAUGUAAUUCAAGCGACUAACAAACUGUCAGCUGUGUUGCCGAAGAACGCGUAGCACGCACAAAACGAAGGACAUAAGUGAAAUCUAUCUAAACGUUUAAUACACUCAACGGAAAACAUGCAGAACAUUUUUAUGAACAGUCACCGUAAAUCACGGUGCUUCUGCAAACAAAGAGAUUUAGACCGGACAGCCCACAGGGAGCUUGCAUAUUCAUCAUCUAAAAAUCCUAGGAAUCAUUUUUUUACACGUAGAAUCAUAGUAUCAUAUACUAGUACUUCAUAAUGGAUUAUAAAUAUAAUAGCUGACACGUGGAUACAGUAAUUUAGUAAUAAGUAAUAUAAUUCUGUGACAAAGACAAGAUUUUGCGUCAAUUGUUUGAAAUGAAGUUUUAUAUUAUGAUAAUAAAUACUGGGCAUGUACGAA